GUAUUUUGUUACGUGGCUAGAAAAGUAAGCCAGAUAAAAAUGUUUUGCAAAUAAAUUUAGCGGUAUUUGAAAAUUAUUUUCCUUCGAUGUGAUGCCGUGUUAAUACUUAUCGGUUUAGAAAAAGAGGAAAUUGGGAAAAAUUCAUUUUUGUAACUUUUUAUCCAAUCAGAUGCGUCAUAUAUUUUGUUGCCUAUGUAGUGUGCAGGAGGUAGAAAAUUGGGUGGCGUUGUAAUGUCAUAAACAGGGCAAAAAGGUUAAAAGUAGACGAUGGAUCAGCAAUUUUGUCUAAGAUGGAACAACCAUCCGACAAACCUAACAGAUGUACUAAGCAGUCUCUUAAGAAGAGAAGCACUAUGUGAUGUAACUUUAGCUUGUGAUGGAGAAACUUUUAAAGCCCACCAAACGAUCCUCUCAGCAUGUAGCCCCUAUUUCGAAACAAUUUUUAUACAAAAUUCCCACCCUCAUCCGAUAGUUUUUCUUAAAGAUGUCAAUUACAACGAAAUGAAAGCACUAUUAGAUUUUAUGUAUAAAGGUGAAGUGAAUGUGUCACAAAAUUUGCUACCGAUGUUCCUAAAAACUGCAGAAGCCUUGCAAAUUAGGGGUCUCACAGACAACAAUUCCUUAAGCAAAAAUGACGAAUUAUCAGAAGUGCCAAGAAGGGAAAGGGAUAGGUUAGUUGAAAGAGAUAGCCCUCCGGUGGAAAAAAGGAAACGAAAAUCAUCGUCAAACUGUGAUAUGACAUCAAACUCUGACAGGUUUAAUGAUACUCAGGCAUCUCAAAGAGCAAAUCCAAAUGUACCAAAGUUAAAUCCCAUAUCGCCUGUUGAUAGGGAUACAAAUUCAGGUCCAGAGGAUAUGAGAAUAUCCUCCCCUUUGAUAAAACAGGAACCUCUACACGAUUCCAACCUAACAAUCGAUUCCUUUCAUUCAAUGUCAGAAGCAUUACAGACGGGUGGAAGCGUGAGCGUACAUCCGGACGAUGUGAAGCUAAUAGGACAUCAAAUAUCCGAUUUAGCAGACAACGAAACACCUUCAAUUCCUCCACCAGAAAUAACAGAUACGAUAGACGGUUCAAAAACCUGGCACAUGCGGCUAACGUUUGACAAGUUGCCGGGUGGCUGUAACCUGCAUCGUUGCAAGCUGUGUGGGAAAAUAGUGACGCACAUCCGAAACCAUUAUCACGUGCACUUUCCGGGCAGAUUUGAGUGCCCUUUAUGCCGAGCCACCUACACACGCAGUGACAAUCUCCGAACUCAUUGCAAAUUUAAGCAUCCGCGCUACAACCCCGACACAAGGAAGUUCGAUCAGCCGAAAUUUGAACCGCCCAAUGCCAUAGCUAAUGACACACCGGCCGAUUGAUUUUGGCUUUACUACUAUUUUUAUUAUAGAGCUAUGUACGAGUCAUAGCAGGGGUGUGAGCGCUAAUUAUCUAGCGCUUAAGAAGUAGGUUGUACAUUUUUUUUCUUCUGGAUUUCAUUUUGAUUUUAUUAACCGAUUUACAAUUUUUUUCAAUAGUACUUUGAUGAUAUCUAAUUUAGAUAUCUACUCAAAAUAUUAUGAAAAUUUAUCAAAUUAUUUUCAUUUGGGGUUGGUAGUAUUAAAUGAGCCACUAAUUUUACCGAUGAACAUACCAUAUCUAUCCAUUACUAUAACUUUGGUGGUUGAUGAGAUUUUAACACUGUUGUUUUAUCGUUUUGACUUUCUGGACAAAAUAUAAUUUGAUUCAAAAAGUUUAAAAACGCUAGAAAAUAAUAGUAUUAAAAGUACUACUUAUUUUGGAUAAAUAGAUUUGUUUUUACCAUCGAAUAAACAAAUUUUUAUGAUUUCGAUACUUUUAUAUGGAAUCCGUUCUACAAAAUUAAUUUCUAUUUUCAAAAUUUAAACAGUAUAUGGUGGGAAUUUAUUCUAAAUAUUUCCAAAUUGUUUUUUGUAAUUACAAUGCCAUUAUCAUUUAAUUUUUAAUAUAUCCGAUAACUUCUGAUUCCUCAUAAAUGUCUUCGAGUAGAAUUUUGAAACGAUUGGACCUACCAAUUUCCCGAAGAAAUAAUUUGUAAUAUUUUCUACAACUUCAACCCCUUAUAUGCUUAGUUCAAAUCGCUGAUCUAACUUGACAAAACUAUACACAACUUUUUAAAAAUUUUCAUAAAUUAUUACAUAUAAUAUAUAUAUUUAAAAUAAAUUAAAUACUCGUGGUUGUAGCUAUGACAUAAAGCUAUGGAUAUAAAUAUAUAUAGAUUUACACAAAUAUAUUUAUCUAAUCUGGAGAGGUGGGAUAAAUUCUUUUUUGAAAACAAAAUUUUCCCUAUCUAGUCUAAAAAAAUAACAUAUAUGUAUACAUCUUUUUUUUUCCAAUAUUUAGAGCAAACCUCUAUUUGAAUAUAUUUGUGUCAAACACAUUGAACUUACUAUAACCUAAGAAUAGUAAAAAAUCUGUGAUGUUUUUUGGAGUUCGACCCAAUUAAAAAAAAAUUACUCUUUUAUAAAGACGAACAAUACUUAUUCAUAUAGUUAGAUUUAAAAAAAAAGAAAAUAAAGCUUAUACCGUCCGUCAAUUAGGUUAUAAAUCGUGGCGGUAACGAAAAAAAUAUUCACAUUACUUUAAUAGUUACAAAAAUAAGUGAUUUAGUACAAAAUUUCUUAAUUAAAUGAUACUACCCCAAAGUAUUUUUACAAUUUACAUCGAUAAAGCGUUGGUAGGUUUUUCUAAUAGUCUAAUAUCUACUAAAUACGAUUUAUAGAGAAAAUUAUGAGGUCUUCCUACUGUACAGUUCCCAUGGAUCUGUAUAUCUAGUAUUUGGGUUUCAUAUUGAUUCCGUAUGUCCAUAUGAAUUCCAUUGAACUGUAUCUUCGAUUGAAUUUCAAUAUUAGUAUCACCAAACCUAACCUAACCAACGUUUUUAAAAGCUCUGGACCUUCAAUUUCCCAUUGUUUCUGAAAUCGAUGAAAAAGCACUUGCGAAAUCUUUUACUUCCAUUCUUAUCAUUUUUGUUAUCCCCUGCCUUAUGCUAACCUAUAACGGAUAAAAAAGUUUCCAGAAUUUGGAGGCAGGUUGAAUUUUUUUCUCGAAAUUUCUUAUUUUUUAUUCAAGUUGAUUCUUUUUGAGAUAUGGGUUCUACGUAUCAACCUGGUAGUAUUUGUCUAGUAAAUUUCAGGAUUAGGUGGAUAAAUUUGUUUUUCAUGCAUAAAUUCUGAUACGGAAUAAUAAAGUCUUUCAAGCAGAAAUGCUUUUGUCAAUCUCCGGAACUUAUUUUUGCCAUUUUUAAUUCUAAUUGUAGCUGAUUGAAUUAUUUUAUACCAGAUCAGAAGUGGGUAUAGUUAAGUAGAUGUCCAAAAUCUUUCUUUUAGUAGUUGAGUUGCAAUAAUGUCUGUGAACCAAACAAAACAAUUUGAAGAUAGUUUCGAAGAGGUGCAAACUACGAGACCCCCAGAAAUGGUUAAGUUGGAUAAAAUUUUAAGAAGAUAUUUUAAUGGGAAGUUGAUUUAGAUUAGUUACAUUUAAUUAAGAAUGACAACAAUGCAAACACUUAUUUUUUGUAACGUUAUUUCAUUAAAAAAUGACAUUUUCUCAAUCUACAUUUAAUAUCUAUUGCCAAACUAACUAGUUUUACAUUUAAGUGCAAUUAUUUUUUAUUAUGUAUUACCUCAUUUCUUAUCUCAAUUUUUAUUAAUAUAUUUUAUAGUUAGAAACUUUAUUGUAAAAUAAUACUAAUUUUAAGAUUUAGAAUUUACUCGAAUUUUAUACAGUACCUUGUAUUUAAGGUAUUUUGCGGCCUUUUUAAUAGAUAUAUUGAAUAUAAUGGAAACUGUUACAUUUUGAUUCUAUUUACUUGUAAAUUUACUUAACGAAUAUUUAUAUUACAUAUACAGAAUGUCCCAGUUAUAUUAAUAGGUAUAUAGAUUCGUUCUGGGACAUUCUUUUAUCGAAUUGUUAUUAUUUUGAUCAGAUCAUUUUUACUAUUACCAACAGUGUAUUCUAAUUAAUUUUUUUUUUGAAAAACCAUUCGAAUAAACACAAAGAAUUUCGUUAUAGCUCAAUGGGUAGCUUAAGAGAAAGAAUGAAGUGGUUAGUGAAAUGAUAAAUCCGUAAACUUAAAGGAAAAUUAUGGAAAUGGAAAAUAAAUGAAAAUAGGAGAAAUAUGGAGUAGAAAAUUGAACGUGGUAUUAAAUCUAAUCAAAAAUAUUAUAUAGAACCAAUUGAAAUAAUAAAAAACAACAAAAAUAGUCAUCGUUAAAUACAAAUGAAGCAACUAGAGAUAAAUGGACAUUAAGAACCAAAAUAUGAGAAAAAGGUCAUUAAUAGACGUGAUAUUAGACAAAUCAUAACAAAAAAGGACUUUUAAAUGCUUUUCAUAGAGGAAAAAUGAUUAGGAUUAGGAAAAACAUGGAAAAUAAUCAUUGUUGAUAAACUAGCAAACACGAAAUGGAAAAUCGAAAUGGAUCGAAAUGUUUCGUAGAUGAACAACAAUAGCCACUAAUAAACAAGAAAUGGAAAAUCGACCAUUACAAACCAAUUAAUAACAAAAAUGUGAGAAAAAUGUCACUAAUGGAAAUGAUAUCAAAAAGGAUUGUAACUUCUCAACAAGAAAAGGAUUAAUUUGCUUUUCGAAGAUGGUUAACAAAUGAGCCUAUAAGAAACAUGGAGAAUAAUCACCGUUGAAGGCAAAACUAAGUAACUACCAAACAAGAAAUGGAAAAUCGACCAUUACAGACCAAUAAUAUGAGAAAAAGGCCUUUGAUAGAGAGAAUAUUAAAUGAAUCGUAUUGGGAAAAAACAAAAUGAAGUUACUAGCAAAUAAAAAAUAGAAAAUCUACUUUUAAGGAUAAACCAACGACUGAAAUGUGAAGAAAAGGUCUCUAAUAGAGAUGAUUCCAAAGAAAUUGCUCAUUUUCAACAUAAAGAACAAAUUUGACAAGAAAAACAUCAAACUUUACUCUAGUUGAAGAUAAAAUAAAGCAAUUAGGAAAUAAAAAAAAAAUGGAAAGCCCACCUUUAAGAAGAAAACUACUACCAAAAAGGGUUGCAACUAUUUUCUAUAGAUUACAAAUAAUUGAAAAACUGUACUGUACAGUGUAGGAUAUGAAAAAUUCAAAUCGAUAUCUAAGGACAUCUAAAAACAAGGAUAUCAGAUGGUUCAGAAUACAAAGAAAUAAAAUGACAUGUGGCUAGGCUACUGUAUACACAGGUGACAGAUGGAAGAAUAGAUGUCACUGUUGCGAAAACCGAAAAAAAGUCAUACUCUUAGAAAAACCGAUAAAUAAAAGUGAAUAAACAUAUACUUUAGACCUGUUGGUUAAAUACAAAAAAAUUUGAUGAAAAAAAUAGCAAUAAUACUUCGAGACGUUUCAAAACACUUAAUUCAAAAUGAUAAAAUACUCAGUAUAAACCUUUUUUACACAUUACAUAAAUUAAUUGUAAACACGCUGUAUAUAAAUUAUCCGAUAAUAUCUUAAAUUCUGUAAGUGAAACUUGUGUGAUCGUAUUUUUAUUUUGUAAAAGAAGAUAAAUACGCUGCUCCCAAAAUAUCGAAAGAAACUAUCAAAAUCUGGGCGAGUUGGGGGUAGUGUAUGUGGAGACAGGGUGAUACCGAAAAAGAAAAUAAAUAGUCAGCGGUAUUAUUUCAUCUAAAUUUCACAGUGUGUUAUAGAGUUUUUUCAAAAAUUAAAAACAAACAUCAAAUAGGACAGAUUUUUAUAUACAAGGUGUCACAUUAAAAAUGGAAGUCCGCUCAAUGACGCAUUUGUGAUUAAUCGCCCUAUUUAGUCCGGGGUAUUGAAAAUUUAUUUCAAAUUUAUAUUUAAUGUUAAAUAGACCGGAAAUGUUUGAACUUGUAAGGUUAUUGUGAAAUGGACCGGUCUAAAAUGUCAAUUGAUUUGUACCAGUACUUGAUGUAACGCAAACCUUAUCGUUAUUAUUAAUUUUCUAGUUCGCGUUUAAUUUAUUAAUAUAAUUUUUAUAUAUUUUAUUACGAAUUUGCCAACGAAUUUAAGAGAAAAAUUUAUUUUUGUACAAUGUCGUUUAUAAAACUUGAAUUUUAUUAGAGAGUUUUAUGGACCGCUUCGUAUAAAAAUAUUGAAUGAUAUCUAACUUAUAGUAGUGACCCUUCAAGAUAUAAUAAAAAGACCUCGCAUUAUUUAAAAUAUAAGUUAACAAGUUACGCUUUGUUAUUUAUGUAAAACAGAAUUCGGAAGCGAAUAAUUGGCCAUGUAUUUUUUUUUAAUUGUUAUAAAAGUUUUCCAAAAAAAAAAGUGUCUAGGGAACAAGAAGGAUUUCAAGAAGUGUUUAGGAAGUGAAGAUUAUUCCAAAAAAGUGUCUAAAAAGUGAAAAGUAUUCCAAAAAAGUGUUUAGGAAAAGAAAAGUUACUCGAAAAGUGUCUAGAAAAAGUGAAAUGUUUCAAAAAGUGUUUAGAAAGCGAAGGAUAUGUCUGAAAAGUGUCUAGGGAACAAGAAAAAUUUCAAAAAGUGACUAGGAAGUGAAAAUUAUUUCAAAAAAGUGUUUAGGAAAAGAGAAAGUGUCUAGAAAAAGUGAAAUGUUUCAAAAAGUGUUUAGAAAGCGAAGAAUAUGUCUGAAAAGUGUCUAGGGAACAAGAAAAAUUUCAAAAAGUGACUAGGAAGUGAAAAUUAUUUCAAAAAAGUGUUUAGAAAAUGAGAAGUUAAUCGAAAAGUGUCUAGGAAAAAGCGAAAUGUUUCAAAAAGUGUUUAGAAAGUGAAUAUUAUUGCAAUAAAGUGUUUAGAAAAUGAGAAGUUAUUCAAAAAGUGUCUAGGAAAAGUGAAAUGUUUCAAAAAGUGUUUAAAAAGCAAAGGAUAUGUCUGAAAAGUGUCUAGGGAACAAGAAGAAUUUCAAAAAGUGUCUAGAAAGCAAGGAAUAUUCUUAAAAAUUGUCCAGUAUGCUAAUAUAAUAAAGGAAGUGAAAAAUAAUUCAGAAAUGUCCAAAAAGUGAGAGUGGAUGUGAAAAAAAAGUGUCUAAGGUGUUUUAAAAAUGUCUAAAAAGUGAAUAUUGUCUAGAGAGUAUGGACAGACAAUUCAAAAGAUAUCUAGGAAGCAAGAAAUGAAUAGUACCUAAGAAGCGAAAAUACAUUCUUUAAAAUAUCUAACAACAAGAGGCAUUUAAAAACAUAUCAAGGAAACAAUAACAUAUUUCAAAAAAGUAUUGAGAAAGCAAUGGGACAUUUCACAAAAGCAUUAAGAAGCGAGAAAGUCAGAAGGAGAAAGUGUCUAUCAAGUGAGAGCGUUUUUUGAAAAAUUGUCCAGAAAACAGAAAAUAUCUCAAAAAAGGGUCCAGAAAGCUAGGAUACACUAAAAAAAUUGUCAUAAGUAUCGAAGACUUAUUUCAAAAAGUGUAACAGUGAAAGAAAAUUUGAAAAAAGUAAAAAUAUGAAUUUAUGAGUUCAGAGUACACAUAUUAAUAGUAUGAAGGAUAAAUGGAGAAGAAAUUCUCAGCCUACUUACUUCAUAUUCGUGAAAAGUUAAGUUCCGGUACCAAAAUGAACUUUUAUUCGCUUCAGAAUUUUACACACUAAAUCACAUCACUUACGUGCAGGGUAACUCUUUCAUUAGAUAUUCAGUUUUUACUUAAAAUAUAAAAAUAUUUUGUUGAAAUUUGCGCAUAUGUAAAUAACUAUCUCUUGCCGAGACGUUAUAUAUAUAAAAAAAAUAUUAUUUUAUAUUAUAUAGUUAACGCGAAAAGACGGUGGUUAGUUUUUAUAUUAAUAUAUUAGAUAUUAAAAAAAAUUUCUAAACCGUAUUGGCAUUAAUUAUAAAAAAAAAUUAGGAUGGAGUAAAACUAAAAAGAAUGUGAUAUGAUAAGGAUUGGUGCUAAGCAACCUUGUACUACACAAGUUUUAUUAAUAUUAAAAAUUGUGCAAUAUUUAGUUAUUACGGUAAAUUUCUUUCUUCUAUUUUAAUUCCUUUUCUUCUAUUAACGAAUAUUCUUGUCUGUUAUUCUCAAGGAUAUUUGUUAAAAUACAAGACGGUACAGAAUUACAUUUAUAGAUCUGAUGACACUUCUCCAUAUACAUUUUUUUAACUAACACUGUAUAACAAAGGAGAUACCGAUCCCUCACAAGGGUGAAUUAGGAUAUUUUACCAUUAUUUUUUCAUUACGAAGUCAAUUUCGUGUACACCACUCAACUCCAACACACUUGGAGGGUUAUUACACCGCAUAAAUAAAAAUCCAAAUAUUAUAAAGCAUUAUUUUGCUUAUGAAUGUUUGAGGAAGGACAUGAAGAGUAUUUAAAAAAAUGUUUAGAACGUGACGAAUGUUUGUAAAAAGUGCCUAGGGAACAAGAAUAAUUCCAAAAAAGUGAAGAGUAUUCCAAAAAGUGCCUAGGAAGCAAAGAAGUGUUUUUAAAAAUUGUCUAGUAUGAUAAUAUGAUGAAAGAAGUGAAAAAUAAUUCAAAAGUAUCCAAAAAGUGGGAGCGCAUUUCAAAAAAGUGUUUUAAAAGUGAAGAUACACUUUAAUCCGGACCCCGGAAGUAUUUUCGACUUCUCCUUAUGUUUAUGACAACUACAUAACGACCAACACCAGCCAAAACAACCACUAUAAUCCACUCUUUGAAUUAUCUACAUGGUUAAUUUUGGAAUUCGAUGAACCAGCUGAAGGAGAACACAUAAAAGUAUAUUACGAAAUAAUCAGGAACUUCUACUACUAGGUUGGAAACUGUAGAACAAUUUUUCUCAUGUUGGCGAAAGUACUGUUACACCAGUUGAUAUUAUUGGGAUGAGGUUAGAAUCAGAGCACAUUUUAGUAGAAGAGAUCGUUGAAAGUGUGACCUACCACUAUCUACCUCAAGCUUAAACACAAAUCCCAAAUUGAUUUAAUCAUUGAAUUUGUUGCUGUCAGUAACCAAGAGAAUAUAUCUGGGUAUUAUAAACAUUUAAGGCACCUCCUUCGACUGAUUAUGGAAAGAAUCAACCCUAAAGGGAUGUCAAACUUAAAUUAUCAAGUAGCCUCUUGUGAUACUCUCCAAAACUACCCGGGGUGGUGAUACAGUUUUAUAAAAAAUAUUUUUAUACAUAUUGUAGCUUUAGAAAUGAUUGUGAAUAAUUCUGUACCACCUCGUAUAAAAAUAUCUUGUACAAUUGUAUAAAAUGCAGUAAAAUUUGGAUUGUAUAAAAUAUGAUCUGUAAGUUUGUUGUUGUUUCAUUCUGUUUUGUAUAACAUUUUGUUGUUUAAAGGUUGCGGUUAACUUUUUGAUAGUUAAUUUAUAUUUUAUAUACACAUAUUAAUAUAUCUCUAUUGUGCUUUUAAUAAAUUUAUUUUAUAAAUUUUCAUAUACAUUUACUAUGAAUUUGAUUCAUAUAAAUUUAGGUAGUGAAAAUAUUGCCAACGAUUAGGCAAUAUACUGAUGAAUGUUGUCGUUUUUAAGCGAUUUCUUAAUAAAUGCAUACAAUAACCAUGUAAAUUAUAAACCGAAAAGCAUAACUACAGCCCCACUUGAUUAUUUAAAGAAAUAUUUUAUCAAUAAAAUGAAAUUUUUUUUAAAUAGUGGAGGUAUAGCUAUGCUUCUUAGUUUAGGGUCUGUUCAAUAUUUGUGACUUUUCACAGGUGGUAACAAAACCCAAAUAAUUUCUAGACCCCAAUUUAUUAAUUAAUACUAACAAUUUGAUUGCGAAGUCCUCCUUUUGCUAAAAGUUCUUUGUACAGUACUAGAACAUAGAAGAAUUCGAACAGUUCUCUUAAUUUUCUUUUAACUCUGUUCUUAUUUAUAUAAAAAUUAUGAUUUCUUUAAUUUCUGAUUUCUUAGACCUUUUCUAUGGUUAUGUUUCUAAAAGUCUUGAUUUUAAGUCCCUUUUGUUAUAAAAUUACUUUUUUUCUUAGUUUAAUUAGUGAAAGUAGUCGAAACAUCAAAUUUUUAUCUGUUUUUCAAGAAUUAUAAAAAAAACUAAUUUUAUAACAGAAGACACAUAAAAUCAAGACGAUUUAGAAACAUAAUUAUGAUGUUUUACUCAAUUAUAAACCAAAUUUUCCCAAUUUAAGCACUACUUAAUCUCUAAGAAUAUUUUAUCCUUUUGAUUUAAACUCUAUUGAAAUUUUGUUACAACUCAUUUACAAGAAUGGAAAGUAUGUUACUUUUUGUUAUUGUUUAUGUAAAUUUUAUUAUAGAAAUCGCGAACAACAUUGAGGAUCUUUUAAACUUCUCAUUUGUUUAAUAUGAAUUGUUUUAUCAUACGAUUCAGAUAAGGCGUUGACUUGUGAAAAAUCCUGCCUUCCAUGUUUGUUAAAAUGAAUUCAGAGAGGUAGGAUUUGGAAAUUGUAUGACUGCAUUUUCUUUCACGAUAAGUUUUUUCACAACUAUUGUUUAUAUGAUACAAAAUAUUCUAAAUAAGUUCAAUCAAACAUCACUGGACCGAUUAUUUUCACAAUAUUGGUGGUAUGAUUUUUUUGUUUCAUAUCUUCGUCGUUUUUGCAGAAGUUACUAAGUCCAAAAAGACACUUUCGCAGUAAAAUUGCUGAAAAUUGGACUUGUUACAUUUGUCAGAACAACAACGAUAUAUUUGAUCAUCUCUUUGAUUUUAUACGAUUACAUUAUCAAAUGUUACCUUACCUCUUUUAUAGAAGAUAUUACAUUGUCUAUUCACAUCUUUUCGGUAGUUUAGUUUUUAAUUUUAUGGAAUCUUGAACGUUUGUUAUUAUUUCAAAGUCUUUUAAAUGACACAUCAUUCCAGUAGUUCAUUUAUAUCUGCGGCUUUAUUUUUCUUCUUCUUUUCCAUGAAAUUAUGAGGACUCGUCAAUUCUAGCUCUGAAGCUCUCUCGACCUAUUCUACUUGUAAAAUUUUGAUAAGCAUUAAAAAACAAAAAGGAAAAGUUCACAUUUUCGAAGUUCCACAGUAGUCGCAACCACAAAAUAUAUAAGAUGUGAUAUUGGUCCAAGGAAAUCUAAUUAACAAGUUAUACGAAAAAAUGAAUUUAUUCAAAUAAACAUAUUUUUAAAAUAACUAAAAUAUUCACGCAUUGACAUAUUUCUUCUUCUUUUUUGUGGCGAUGGGCUUAAUCCGUAAUGUACACUGUACAAUUAUGUCACUACGAAACUAUAAGGAUUCGCAAAUUAUUUUACUCCGGAUUUUCCAAAUACCCAAUAUACAGGGUGUAAAAUUGGUACGAGUACUCAUUGACAGUUCAAUUAUAUCAGCGGUGUUCUUUUCUUUUGCACUAUGAGGUUCAUUGUUUUUAACGCAUGGAUUUUCGACGUUUCCCUCUGGUACCAAAUAUACAGGGUGUGGCAUUGAUACAAGGAAGCCUAAUUACCCAUUUACCACGUAAAUAAAAAUUUUUUCAUAAAAUUUAAAGGUUCAUUCAUACUUGUCACUUCGUAUAUUCGUAAUAUAGAGUUACAUUGUUAUACAGGGUAGUCUAAUAUGGUGUCUAUUUUAUGUGCAUAUAAUAAAUCAUUGAACUCGUUGAACUGUUGGUGUAUGAAAAGUUUGGUUAGAAUAUCGAAUAGUAAUUUAUUUUACUUUAUCAAAGAUGUUGAUUGUGAUUUGAAUUAUUUAGAAUAUUUGUUUUAUUUUCAAAUUUGGUUUAUAAGUGUUAUUAUCGUGAAAGUGAUUGCGGGAUGAUAGUUUCUUAAAUAAUUGUUGUAAUUUUGUGCCAACGUUAGUGCAAUUAGGCGAACAGAUCGUUUAGUUUGUUCAAAACAAACAUUGUGGUUAUGAAAAUAAAGAUCAAAAACUACUUAACUGUUGAUGAUAUCCUGUUCGAAGAAACGUAAAUGCUCAAAGAUCAAAAAUAUAGAUAUUAAAACAAAUAUUAUGAAGAUUUUAAAAUAUUUAUGCUUUGGUGAUUUUUCAUAUUUUUCAGGUCCUUUUGUUACUUAAUUAAAAAUUAAUUAGUUUAGUGUUUGAAAUAUUAAAAUUUAUCUUAAGAAUUACGUGCAUUCAUUAAAAAGCAUUUAUAUUGUAUUUUAAUAAGUUUUAUUAAAAAUGGUGUGUUUUA